GGGAGAUACAAUUUGUGAUACUUUCAGAAAAAAUACCCAAUCCCCAAUUACACCCAAAUCUUAUUCACAGUAUUUUUGAAUCCCAAUUACACUCAAAUUUUACUCACAGUAUUUUUGAAUGCGAGACACACUCAAAAAACACUCAACAAAGUAAUUUUAACCACUUUGCUCUUGCUCACCCUCACCCAAAGCACUCACAAAACUCUUGUAUUUUCUAGAGCUCACUUUGCUUUGGAUUGCUCUUCUUGGGGUGAUUUGCCGAAUGGCCAAAUGGCCUUUUAUAGCUAAAUGCCAACCACCCACAAUGAAUGCAAUGGGCUCCAAAGUCAUAAUCCAACCAUGCACAAUAAAUGUUGCAUGGACAAAGUUGCAGCAACCAAAUUUCCAUUUCAAAGGCUGCCAUGAGACUUCCAAUUUUUCAACAAAAUUGGGCUGCCAUGAGAUUUCCCAUGCAACCAAAUUUCAAAAGCUGAAAUUUGCAUGCUUUCUCAACCACCAUGCAGAAUGCACAUGCCUCAACAACUUAUGUGCAGAAUUUCUGUUAAGACUUUUAUUUUUGUAUUUUAGUUAAUGCCACUGUGAGUCAUGCCUUAUUCCUUUUUUUAUCAUAACAUGCUUUAUAACUGGUGAUGAUUUCGCAUUUUGAUAUCUUGUGAUAUCUUUUUUCUUGUCUAUUUUAAUAAUUUGUCCUGUUGCCUUGAUUGUAAGUUGUACCGUGUUUCAGAUAAAACUAAACUGACCAAAUCAAAAGGUACCAGUUUUCAUUUAGUAAAGUAAUGUUGUCAAAUUUUUUAUAAUUAGAAUUUCUAUAUUUAAAUUAAAUUUAAUCAUGGUGAGUGCUGUUUUAAGAACGAGCAAGGUUUCAUUACUCCAGGUAUUUCCCAAUUUGUUCCUUGGUUCCUGUAGUGUCAUAAUCCAUAAAUUUGUGGUUGGUCCCUCAAACUUCAUUAAUUUAUGUUCUUGUUUGCUGUCUAACAUUUUAUCAAUGGAGGAAGCUUUUAGAUAUGGGGGGUUUUGCGCAGCUUGUUGCUGGGAUAGGAAUUUGAUGGUAUAAAGUGAAGCAGUACUGAUGAUAGUUAAUGAUUUGUUCUAUGUUGUCAAAUUUUAGGUUAUUGAUUUCAUAAUUAGACAAAUUAUCUAUCAUGUUUAAUGUGGGAAACUAAUCCUGCUUAUGCCAUUCAAGUGGAGCACCAUAACCUUGUCAUUUAGCCUUAUGUAGUGUUACUGGAUUUUCAAAGUUGUGCUUUGUCAAACUAAUCCUGCUUGUGCCAAAAUGUAUCUUGUUUGUAUUUUAGGGUCAACAAGGAGUGCCAACCUUUCCAGAUGCAUCUUAAUUAAAGUAAUGAUGCUACUGGUGGCAGCAAUGUAGAGCAUUUAUAUAUGAAAAUUUCAAGGCUGCAGUGACUUUAAGUGUCAGUAGCAAAAAUGUCAGUUUCUAGUUAUUUUGUGUUUGAAUAUGGCAACUUAAGCUUUUGAAUGCUUUUAGACAUGGUUGUAUGCUAUUUAGAUAUCAUUUUCUAUCAUUUUUUGGGGAUAGCAUUUAGUGUAUUUUGUU